AUGAAGAGAAGAAUCCGAAUCAACUCGCUCCGAACUCAUCGAUUCAACAAGUACGUAAAACCCGGUGCUUUAGCCCGUCUCCGGGACUCCAGAAUCCAGUCCUAUCUACUCAAUCACAAGAUCAUCACCCCGAAAACUCGGUCUCCGAUAUCGACAUUGCCAUCCCACCAGCAGGAUUCCCCGAGUCCACAGAUCGAGUUGAUUCCUGAGUUUCCGAGUCUAAAUCGUGGGCCCCACUGCUAUGGAAGGAAGAAACUCGUCGCCUCUAAAAAUGCUUUCAUUACCAGUGUUAAUCCUGUUCCAGAACCUUCUGAUACUUUCAUUAGUGUUCAUUGA